AAGUGAACGCGUGGGCCGGAAGCACCCGCCCCGCCCCGCCCCGCCCCGCGCCUGAGGCAGCGCCGCCGUCGCCGCCAUGCAGAGGGAGGAGAAACAGCUUGAAGUGACCCUUGAAGCACUUAUCAGCCAGGUGGCUGACUUGAAGAAUUCCUUGGUCAGCUUCAUCUAUAAGCUAGAGAAUGAGUAUGACCGGCUCACCUGGCCCUCAGUACUAGACAGCUUCGCGCUGCUCUCAGGACAGCUGAACACACUGAACAAAGUGUUGAAGCAUGAGAAGACUCCGCUACUGCGUAACCAGGUCAUCAUCCCCCUGGUGCUGUCUCCAGACCGGGAUGAGGAAAUCAUGCGACAGACAGAAGGGCGCGUGCCAGUCUUCAGUCAUGAGGUGGUGCCUGACCAUCUGCGGACCAAGCCUGACCCAGAAGUGGAGGAGCAGGAGAAGCAGCUGAUCACGGAUGCAGCCCGAAUCAGUCCUGACGUGGCACAGAAACAGAUCCAGAGCCUGAACAAAAUGUGUUCGAAUCUGCUGGAGAAAAUCAGCAAGGAGGAACGGGAGUCUGAAAGUGGAGGUUUACGGCAAAACAAGCAAACCUUCAACCCUACUGACACCAAUGCCUUGGUAGCAGCAGUGGCAUUUGGAAAAGGCCUAUCCAACCGGAGGCCUCCAGGCUCGGGAGGGCCUGUCCAGUCAGGUCAGCCAGGCACUGGUCCCAUCAUAGCAGGGGCUUCUGGCAUGCAGCAGGUCCAGAUAUCAGGUGCACCAACCCCACAGCAGCCAAUGCUUGCAGGAGUGCAGAUGUCACAAGCAAGCCAGCCAGGAAAGAUGCCCAGUGGUAUAAAAACCAACAUCAAAUCUGCCUCGAUGCAUCCGUAUCAGAGAUGAGCAGGAAGAACCACAGACCUGACUGAUCAUGAGUUGCCAGUGCUGUUCCUGGCCCCUGCCACCACUCCUGGGAUUCCUCUGUGCCUCUGGAGUCCCUUGAAGCCUGCAUACACCGUCUGCGAGAGGGAGAUACGGGGUGAAACCUUCCCUUCCCCCUCACCACCCCCCUGUGAGCUCUGGGCUGCACAGCUCCUCUCCGUGUGGUUGUGCUGCGUUCUGAACCGGUUGUGCAGAGGUGCUGGCAGCUGCAUGCUCAGGGACGGGUGGGACCUCCCCUGCCAGGCCAGAGCCUCUGGCUGGCUGCUGGGACCAAAUCCUGUCACCAUUUUGGUCUGCGUUCCAGAGGCUCCUACCGUUUCUUGGUGCGGAUACAAAAAUACCUUGUAGGUUUGGCUGGGCGUGUUGCUCUUCACUGCCUCCCCCCCACCGUGCUGCUUGAAUAAAGGCUGUAUGCUGUGUCAA